GGUGGGGUCCCACCCACUCCCUCUCAUAAUCCACUAUAUAAACAGCAGCUCUAGCUCAUCCGAAAACCAACAUUUCCCAAUCUCUGCAACAAUAUGUCUCUCUGCGUUCUAUCUCUGCUCAUGCUCUCAUCAUUCUCAGUCAUUCCCUUCACACUUGCAGAUUCUGGAAUGAUCGGAGUAAACUACGGCCGGAUCGCGAACAAUCUCCCGCCCCCGGAGAAGGUCGUCGAGCUUCUCAAAUCCCAAGGGAUCAACCGCGUCAAGCUUUACGACACCGACUCAUCCGUCCUCGCCGCGCUCGCGAACUCCGGCAUCAAAGUCGUCGUCUCCCUCCCCAACGAGCACCUCUCCGCCGCCGCCAAGGAUCAGAGCUACACCGACGCCUGGGUCCAGGACAACGUCAAGAAACACACGCCGGCGACCGAUAUCGAAGCGAUCGCCGUCGGGAACGAAGUGUUCGUCGAUCCCGGGAACACGACGGCUUACCUAGUUCCCGCGAUGAAGAACGUCCGGAGCUCGCUCGCUAAGUUCAACCUCGACGAGUCGAUCAAGAUCUCGUCGCCGCUCGCUCUGAGCGCGCUGGCGAAUUCGUAUCCUCCUUCGGCCGGUUCUUUUAAACCGGAUUUAAUCGAACCGGUGAUUAAACCGAUGUUAAAUUUUCUCCGCGAAACGUCGUCGCAUCUGAUGGUGAAUGCUUACCCCUUCUUCGCCUACGCUGCGAACGCCGAUAAGAUCUCGCUGGAGUACGCGCUGUUCAAAGAGAACGCCGGGAAUGUGGAUUCCGGCAACGGUUUGAAGUACGAGAAUCUCUUGGACGCGCAGAUCGACGCCGUUUUCGCGGCUAUGUCCGCCGUGGGAUUCAACGACGUUAAAGUCGUGGUGACGGAGACGGGAUGGCCUUCCGCCGGAGACGAGAACGAGAUCGGCGCCGGUUCGGCUAACGCGGCUGCUUAUAACGGCGGUUUAGUGAAGAGAGUGUUGACGGGAAACGGCACGCCGUUAAAGCCUAAGGAGCCGCUCGACGUCUAUCUGUUCGCUCUGUUCAACGAGAACCAGAAAACGGGGCCCACGUCCGAGAGAAACUACGGGCUGUUUUACCCGAACGAGAACAAAGUGUAUGACGUUCCGUUCUCCGCUAAGUCAGCGCCGGUUGACGAUAGCAAAGAGAAUGUUCCGGUUAAGUCACCGUCGUCGACGCACGUGGGACAGACGUGGUGUGUGGCGAACGGGAAAACGUCGAAGGAGAAGCUACAGGAAGGUCUGGACUACGCUUGCGGCGAAGGAGGCGCUGAUUGCCGUCCGAUUCAAAAGGGUGCCACGUGUUACGAUCCGGAAUCGUUAGAGGCACACGCUUCUUAUGCGUUCAACAGUUACUAUCAGAAGAACGCACGUGGUGCUGGCACGUGCGAUUUUGGUGGUGCAGCGUACGUGGUCUCGCAACCUCCUAAGUACGGGAAAUGCGAGUUUCCAACAGGGCACUGAAAUGGAAAUUGAGGAUCCGGAGGAUUAAUUUAGUUGCAGUUUCUCGUUAUUUAUUUUAUAUAUUGUUUAGUCACUCGAGAUUAUAUGAUUAUUUAUUUUCGUAGAUUUCUUAUCAUUUUAUUGUAUAUUUGGUUGGUUUCGUCGGUAUAACAAUAGUCUCAGUAUUUUA